CGUGCAAAGUACGGCGUGUAACCUCCCCCAGGAGGAAGCUAGCGAGUACAAAACCACUCCCGGUGUCACGUGCUUUGGGCUAGUAGUGCUGCUGUAAAAUUCGGGGUCUGUUCUGCAGGCACCCAAAAAUAUAAAUACCGCCGAUAUGAUUCCGGCAAAAAAAAAAAAAAAAAAAAAACUUUACUUUUAAUUAAAACCUAUUUAAUAGUCAACCGCUAGCCUAAGUGUUUUGGUACAUUUUGAAUACGUAGUGUAGUUUAGUUAGGCUGUGGGUUGUAUCCUUGCGAACUCAUUUUGCAAAAUAACUCAUUUAAGCCUGUCGACCCAUGGAAGAAAACAGAGGUGAAGACCUCGAGUUCUCAUAGCAAGGUUCCCGGGACCGAGGAGGCUCUGAUUGCACAGGCUGGCCCCACGCUUUAAGUGCAGGGGCUCCCUCCUUUCUCCCAGCUGCAGAUUCCAGACUGAGCAACAUCUGACGCGCACAGAGGCGAAACUGUGACCGGCAAUUAACAGGUAUGACCUCUACAGCUGGAGUAGAAUCAUCCGUUUUUGUGGGGAAGGAAGAUGACAUCAUUGAGUCCAAAAGAAAUGCUGCUCUUGUGCAUGGCAGGCAUGUGGUAGUUAUCUACCGUGAAGGAGAGUUCUAUGCCAUGGACAUGCACUGUUACCAUACAGGGGGACCAUUACAUCUUGGGGACAUUGAGGACAUCAAUGGCAAGCUGUGCAUCGUGUGUUCAUGGCACAAGAUCACUCUGGCUGAAGGGGAGGGUCUUUAUCAAGCCAUAAACCCACAGGCUCCCAAGUCCACAGCCAGGUGGUGCUCCAAAGGGGUGAAGCAGAGGACUCAUUGUGUUCAUGUGAGAAACGGGGACGUGUACGUCACUCUCUCUGACUUGAGCGCUGGCAUAGACUCGGACUACUAUCAGUCUGAAGAAUACAGACAGACUGAAAAAAGUAUCAAAUACCUGACCCAAGGAACACGUUGCACCAAUGCUGAUCGCUGCAGCUGUAAUACAGACGACAAUGUUUCCGAGCCACUGCUGAGGUACUCUUGCACUGUGAACACCUCUGGGCUUUUUUAAUCUCGUGUAGACAUUUUUCAUUGUGUGUGUGUGUGUGU